UACAGUACCGUGGGCCAUGAAUUAGUUGUGCUGCUGCCUUUUAUUUACCUCCGCCGUACCUCCGUCGCACCAUGCCCAUCCCAUCCGCCGACAGUCCUGCUCCUCCUCCUACUCCUCACAAACACGCCACAUACACAAUCCUAUUCUUCUUUUUAUUCUGGAUCCUCAUAGAAGCGCUGCAAUGUCGUAAUCGGAGAGUUUCCCCACGUACUUCAUUACUUGUUGCUCUCCUUCCUCUCUGUUGUUUAAUCAUGGGCUAUACCAUUGGUUUAUGGUGAUUUCGCAAUCGAUUAUCCUCUUUAUCAGAAUCCAGCAUUUGCUUUCAUAUUUCCAGGCGGAUCAUAUGUUGAAACAGUCGGCGAGUAGGAAUCAAAGGGCAAAAGGAUUCAAAGUGAAACAUGCAGUUCAGAUAAGUGUUUUGCUUCUGGUUUGCGUAUGGUUACUUUACCAAUUGAAGCAGACUUACAUGAACAAUAAUCCAGCAAUCCAAGUCUCGGUGAUUGGGAGGAAAGGGUUGAUUGAUUCGCAAGUGAAAGAAAGGAAUGACGAAGAACAAGAUGUAGAAAAAGUAGAUGAAGAAGAACCAGAUCAGUUAGAAGAUUUGAUUGAUGAAGACGAUAAAGAUGAAAGAAUUGGCAAAGUUAUUUGAUAACAGCCAACAGGUAUAGUGAUGAUCAUUCAUGUCAAAUGUAGGAGAAUGCUUUAUACAUAGUCACUAAACUAUGAUGUAUAAUGUAAGUUGAUAUAUAUAUUCAUGAAAGGAGAAGUCCCAAUAAAAAUUUCUAGUGUGUGAAUAUCAAUUAACUGUUGAAAAGAAAGAAUGAGAAAUAAUUUUAUAAAAAAAUAGUUACCAUUA